AUGGCAAAGUCACCAUCGACCAGUCGGAAGCGGCAGCGACCUGUCAGCCCACCGCCUGAAGCCAGCACGAGUGCAUCGCCAGCGGAGGUUCUUACGACGCGCCGUUCUUCGCCUCUCAAGAAAGCUCGCGUGGAGGAAGGAGCGAGUGAAAGCGCGACCCUCACCGACGGGCCUGCCGCUGCUGCGUCGACAUCUACGCAGGCUCAGCAAGGUGGUGUGGAAAGCACUGCGGUUGAUGUCAAUGAAGAAGCGACCGCCUCAGCCAACCAAGAACCCGCCCCUGAACCACGUCGAAGCCGCCGCCUUGCUGCUUCUGAAGCCUCCUCUUCCAAAGUCGGUGCUCCUUCUACCCCGGCCAAGAGGAAACGCGCAGCUAGCCCUGCUGACGAGGAGGCCACGACCUCGAAAUCAACCGACGCUUCGCCGUCCAAAGGCAAAGGCAAAGAGCCUGUUAAGGUUGCUCCCACUCCAGCCAAGAAACGCAAGACAGCUGGCGAGCCUGUUCGUGAACAGCCGACAUCUCAGGACGAGCAGGCAGCGAGGACUUCAAGAGCCGGGAAGCGAAAGAGAGCGGAGGAGAGCGAUCCUCCCGCUCCUGAAGCUCCAGCUGGUGACCAAGACAAUAAACGACAAAAGCAAGAACAGACUAUUGAAGAGACGGAACAGCAUUCCGAAUCGACUGUCGCACCUCCUGCUGUAAGGGGCCAGACCCCUCAAGCACCAACGACUAUCUACUCCGUUCCUUUCGAAAUCCUUGCCGAAAUCCUCCUCUACACCAAGUCCUCCAAGGCCGUCUUGUCCUUGGCCUCAACCUGCAAACACUUCUGCCACACCCUCCUCCAGCCUGAAGCUACCUACGUCUGGAAGUACGUACGGGAGAACAACGUCCCAUUACCUCCUCCCGAUUACCACCAAUACGGCUUUGGGCGUAUCUUUGCGAGUGAAGCUAGCUAUGCCAAGUUUGUCUUUGGUGGUGGCAAGUGCGAGAUGUGCGGGGAGGAGACGGAGAAGAAUUUUACGUCGUAUGCCUUGAGGAUUAUGUUGUGCAAGAAGCCCGAGUGUGAAACGCGAUUCCUCAAUGCGAGAUACUUGGAAACUAGGGAUUCGGUUGUACGCGCGAAUCAGCUUACCUCGUAUUCUCAACUUUUGCCUACGUUGGAGGAUAGUCAGCUUUUCAACCGUGGAGGUGCUUCGUCUCAUACUGCCCUACUCACUCGUAAAGAGGUCCCUGAGGAAGUCAGGGCUUUCUUGGUCGAGCAGAGGGAUAAGCCGGACUUCCGCGAGAAACUCGACAGGUUCAAGGUUAAGCAGAUGAAAUGGAUGGGGCUUUGUAGGGAAAUCAUCAAGUGGCGUCGCAAGGUUAGAUCCACGUACUACGAGGUGAAGGAGAGGAAUACCGAGCUUGGAAAAGCCAUCGCGGAGCGAAUGGGUUGGGACUUUGAGCAGAUGAUGAACUGCACCGACUAUGGUCCUUACCAUCGUCAGAAGUGCCAUGUCUUUGAGGAAGUCAGAUUAGAAGAUGUCAACGCCGUACUUUCGACAAAGAUUCAAGGGCAACUGGCUCGCCUCUUGGACAAGAUCGACCGGCGCACUCACGAGAUGCGCUACCAGGAAACGCGAAAGCAGAUCAUCAACCACUAUAACUAUCUCAAGUCCUCACGGAACAAGGAUGCCAUACCCAUUCUGCCCGCGUUGACCGCAUUCCGCACGCUCCCUGUUAUCGCGAUGCUCCAGGACGACGAGGCCUCCACCACCCCUGCCAACGAGGUCAGCAAGUCGCUCAAGAACGACAAAGUGCUCUCCAACAUGCUCAGAACCCAAAUCACCACUUGGGUGAACAAGGCGCGAACCGACCUCGGCACGCAGAUCGGUUUAUCACCAUUGGAGAAGCGUUGGAAGAGUGUGAACAAGACGGAUUUGCAUCCUGUUGAGAGGGUUAAUGUGCGGUAUCGGUGUAAGCGGUGUACGGUGUUGGGUGAGAGGUAUGAGGAGGAUGGGUGUUUUGAUUUUGCGGGUGCUUGUGCGCAUGAUUGUUCCAAGGCUGGUGCGCCGCCCAAGAAGAAGAAUCGGGGGUGGAAGUGGAGUGCAGAGAAUUUUGAGAAGGAUGUCAAGGCAAGCGCUGCGAUUACUAGUUUCCUUGAGAAGCUUCGUCCUUUGGCCACUACGUCCAUGUUUGUUCCGCUGUACCAGUUGGAGGAGAAGUAUAACGGUGUAGCGGGUAUUCUUGAACGGUUGGGCGACAGCCAUUCUGUCGUGUGUACGUCGUGUCCUACACCUAUCGUUAUGAAAUUCAAGAACCUCAUUGGACAUUCACACCGCCACGACAAGAUGGAGUUCUACAUCUCCAAUGGAAUUCCGUCCACCGAUUUGGUGGGGAGGUACCCCUUCCAAGCGGGGUAUACCAGGCAUCUUUUGAAGUCGGGUCAGAAGAUGAAGGAGGCGAGGGAUGCGAAGGUUUAUGGGUGUCGGUAUUGUUAUGGGAAGUUGGUUGAGGAGUGUAGGGUGAAGCGGGAGGCGCGGGAGCGGGAGAGGGAGGAGCAGGGAGCGGUGCAAGGGGAGGAGCUAGGUCAAUCGCAGGAACAGGAGGGACAAGGAGAUGCGAAUGCGACUGCGGGGACCUCGGCUGCGCCCCAGUCGAAUGUGGACUCUGACCUCCCCAAGCCCUCGGUGUUGUGUUCGUUUGAUGGGUUGAGAUCGCAUUUGAAAGCCAAACAUCAAAUUGAGGAUGUUAGAGAUGAGGAUUGGUUUUUGAUCAGUGUUCCUGUGGGGCUUGGUGAGGCUAUGAAGAGGAAGUAA